CUCCGUCUCGCCAGCCACGCGACAUGAAGAAGAAAAAGAAGGCGGUGGAACCAGCGGCCAAGAGUAGCAGGCCACGGAAGCGGAGCCGCGACGGUGAGCUCGACGGCGAUCUCAUCAGCCACGGUGAUCUCAUCAGCAAACUCCCCGAUGACAUCCUCUGCACAAUCAUCUCCCUCCUGCCCACCAAAGACGGCGCACGCACCCAGGUUAUCGCUCGCCGAUGGCGUCCCCUCUGGCGCUCAGCGCCCCUCAACCUCGACGCCUCCAAACACCUCUGCUCCAACGACUUCAAGCGCUUCUCCCUCAUCUCCAAGAUCCUCUCCGACCACCCUGGCCCCGCCCGCCGCUUCGUCAUCUAUUCCAUCCGCCUCCACAUAGCGGAAAAGAGGUAUGCCGAGGAAGCCGCUCAGAUCGAGAACUGGUUCGUCUUCCCUGCCCUUGACAACCUUCAGGAGCUCGACAUCAACUUUAGGCAGCCGUUUCUCUCUGGACGUGAGAACCGUUACCCGCUGCCACCAUCCGUGUUCCGCUUAGCACCAACCCUCCUUGUGGCAAAAAUUGGCCUCUGCAAUUUCCCAAAUGAGAUUGUCCAUUCGCUGAGUUUUCCCUUGCUCAAGCAGCUCACCUUAUCUCGCGUCUCCAUUUCCGAGGAUGACUUCUCGGGGGUGCUCUCUGGCUGCCGUGUGUUGGGGUCGCUUAAAUUGCAGGGUAUUCGUGAUGUGAAUUGUCUCCGCAUUAGCUCGACAACUCUCAGGAUCAUCAUAAUCGCCUACUCUUUGUUUGAGAGGAAAGGAGAAUUGUUCAUUGAGGACGCCCCUUGCCUUGAAAGGCUGCUACUAGUUAAUCCGGGCUCAGGCGGUGAGACUAUCCGGGUAAUUAAGGCACCUAAAAUGGAGACAUUGGGCCUUUUGUCUGCCCGCAUCUCAGAAAUUGAGAUUGCUAAUAUAGUCUUCCAGAGAUUGAUCCCAUCCAGUUCGGAAGUCCCAAUAUGCACUGUAAAGGUUUUGGCUCUCCAUUUCUCUAGCCCUGAUUUGGAUGCAGUUCUUGACAUCCUUAGAUGCUUCCCGUGCUUGGAAAAGCUCUAUGUCUUUAGGCACUGUUUUACGAGGGCAGCAAUAAAAAAUGUGCCUCAGUAUGAGUCACUAGAUCCAAUCAAAUGCCUUGAGAGGCAUCUCAAAGUACUGGUGCUGAAAAAAUACAAAGGUGGUGAGGAAGAUGUUGGAUUUGUAAAGUUCUUCGUUUUGAAUGCGAAAGUGGUAAAGGAAAUCAACUUUCAAGUGUAUAAGAAGAUUGAUAUCAACAAGAAAUGGAUGACUGAUCAACUCAGGCUGCUAGAAGUGGAAAAUAGAGCUUCUCAAGACGCCCGAUUGAAAUUUGGAAGAAGUUGUGCUAGUUGGAUUCGCUGUUUGGAUCCCCAGGACUUGUCAAUUGCCGACCCUUUCAACUGUUGUUUUGUAGAUGCUCCUUCAGAAGCAUAUCUGUGAUCUGUCAAUGGUCUGAUACCUUAAGAUUGUGGUGUCUUAUGUCUGAAAGAAGAAUAUGGAUGCAACCUAGUUUAUUAUAGUUACAGUCAGCAGUGCAUGCUUGUUUUCUAGUUUAAAUCAGCGCUUCAUGCUUGUAUUGAAGACUGAAUUAUCCUUUUUUUUC